AUGUCCACUGAAAUCCCCGACACUCAAUGGGCGCAAGUCGUCGAGAAAAUCGGCGGCCCACCCGUCUACAAGCAAAUCCCCGUCCCCAAGCCCGGUCCCGACGAAGUCCUCGUCAAGAUGAAGUACACCGGCGUCUGCCACACUGAUCUGCACGCGAUGAACGGCGACUGGCCCCUCCCAGUGAAGCAGCCCCUCGUCGGUGGCCACGAGGGCGCGGGUAUCGUGGUCGCAAAGGGCGCUCUCGCCCAGGGUAUCGAGAUCGGCGACCACGCAGGUAUCAAAUGGCUGAAUGGAUCAUGUCUCGCAUGCGAGUACUGCAAGACCUCCGAUGAGCCUCUGUGCCAGGAGGCUCAGCUAUCGGGUUACACCGUUGACGGCACUUUCCAGCAGUACGCGAUCGGUAAGGCGGCGCAUGUGUCGAAGAUUCCUAAGGAGGUGCCGCUCGAUGCUGUUGCGCCGAUUCUGUGCGCCGGUGUUACUGUCUACAAGGGCCUGAAGGAGUCUGGUGCGCGCCCUGGUCAGACUGUUGCGAUUGUUGGUGCUGGUGGUGGUCUUGGAUCUCUGGCGCAGCAGUAUGCUAAGGCUAUGGGCUUGCGUGUUAUCGCUAUUGACGGUGGAGAGGAGAAGAGAGCUAUGUGUGAGCAGCUGGGUGCGGAGGUCUAUAUUGACUUCACCAAGACCAGUGAUCUUGUCGCCGAUGUUAAGGCUGCUACUCCUGGCGGCUUGGGCGCUCAUGCCGUGCUUCUGCUUGCUGUCUCCGAGAAGCCUUUCCAGCAGGCUGUCGAAUACGCUCGCUCUCGCGGUACCAUUGUUGCCAUCGGCCUGCCCGCCAACGCAUUCCUCAAGGCCCCUGUUUUCGAUACCGUUGUCAGGAUGAUCAAUAUCAAGGGCAGCUAUGUCGGUAACCGCCAGGAUGGUGUUGAGGCCAUUGACUUCUUCGCGCGUGGCUUGAUCAAGGCUCCCUUCAAGACCGUUCCUCUGAAGGAGCUGCCUGAGGUGUUCAAGCUUAUGGAGGAAGGCAAGAUUGCUGGCCGCUACGUUCUCGAGAUUCCCGAGUAG